GGUUGGCACCGGCUGGCACCGGCGGCCAUGGCGGCCAGCCUGUGGAUGGGGGACCUGGAGCCCUACAUGGAUGAGAAUUUUAUCUCCAGAGCCUUUGCCACCAUGGGGGAGACCGUGCUGAGCGUCAAGAUCAUCCGCAACAGACUGACAGGAAUCCCUGCCGGCUACUGCUUCGUCGAGUUCGCCGAUUUGGGCACCGCGGAGAAGUGCUUGCACAAAAUCAACGGGAAGCCCCUCCCGGGGGCCACUCCGUCCAAGCGCUUCAAGCUGAACUAUGCCACGUACGGGAAACAGCCGGAUAACAGCCCCGAGUACUCACUCUUCGUGGGGGACCUGAGCCCAGAUGUGGACGAUGGCAUCUUGUACGAGUUCUUCGUCAAGGCCUACCCUUCCUGCCGAGGGGGCAAGGUGGUACUGGACCCCGCCGGCAUCUCCAAGGGCUACGGCUUCGUGAAGUUCACGGACGAGCUGGAGCAGAAACGGGCGCUGACGGAGUGCCAGGGCGCCGUGGGGCUCGGCUUGAAGCCAGUGCGUUUGAGUGUGGCCAUCCCCAAAGCGAACCGGGUGAAGACGGUGGAGUACAGCCAGAUGUACAAUUACAAUUACAACCAGUACUACCAGCAGUACCAGAACUACUACGCCCAGUGGGGGUACGACCAGAACACGGGCAGCUACAGCUACAGCUACCCGCACUACGGCUACACCCAGAGCACCAUGCAGACGUACGAAGAAGUGGGUGAUGAUGCCUUGGAAGACCCCACACCUCAACUGGACGUGAGUGAAGCCAACAGGGAGUUCAUGGAGCAGAGCGAGGAGCUGUACGAGGCCCUGAUGGAGUGUCACUGGCAGCCGCUGGACUCAGUCCUGGCCGAGAUCCCGGCCAGCCUCUAGCCAGACCCGACCCCGCCCGCCCUGCAGUUGUUUUAAACUGAGAACUUUUACUUUUUUUACCUAAGUUAUAAAGUUACUAACCCAGA